AUGACCACCCAAACCGAGAAGACAUUCAACUUGGAGGAGAUCAAGAAGCACAACUCCCUCAAGGAUCUUUGGAUCAUUUACAACAAUGACGUAUAUGACAUCACCAAGUUCGUUGAGGACCACCCAGGUGGUGAGGAGGUGUUGAAAGCCAACGCAGGUAUCGAUGGAACUCAAGAGUUUGACGAUGUAGGACACAGUGACUCUGCCAAGAGCAAGAUGAAGCAAUAUAGAAUCGGUCGUGUUGCCGGUGCCCCAGCAAGAGAGGUAGAGAAGCCAAAGACCAAGAAGCCAAUGGCCACUGCUCCAGUCGCCACAGUGAAGCCAGCCGAGGGUGGACUUGGCCUGUUGAAGAUCCCUCUGAUCUUUGUAGUGUUGGCAAUCGUUGCUUACCUCUUCCUUGGUAAUGCCGAGAACUAA